AUGCUGCCGAAAAUUCCAUUUAUCAAUGAAAAGGAUAAAGCCAAAUUACAAAGUGGAGGAACAGCGGCAUCGGGGGCAGCAGGAUCGGGAUCCAGUGCAGCCACUCCAGCGUCACCUAAUAAACAAAAUAAAGGAGCGUCUCCUGCAGUGGAUACCAGCAGCUCCAGUAGUAAUAAUAACCAUUCACUGGCGAAUCCCAUGGUUUGGACACAGGAUAUCAUUCAUUCAUAUGAAGCACCACUUGCAUCAGAAAUAUACGAACUUCCCGACAACGACAGUCUGAAUGCACGAAUGCUGGGUAUCUCGCUGGAGCACGGAUUGCUGCACGGAAUUGACAACGGAGUAUGUGAUAUCAUGAUAGCAGGACUCGAGCAUUAUUUGAAAGAUGUGGUUCAGCAAAUUUUUGAUAAAGCCCGGCUGCGAAAGAUCCCCGAUUCGGCCAACACCAGUAUUUUCGAGCAGUCCAGUCCACGCACUGCCAGUGUCAGUGGAGCGGCAUCUGCUUUAACUGAGCCGAUUAGCAAGAGAGGAGGCAGCAUUUCACAGACCACAAAUCCAUUCUCAGCACCUGCGACGUCACUUGCCGGUUCCUUUGAAGAUACCAUGACGGCUGAAGAUAUGGCUAUGGCACUGGACACAGCGCCUCACAGUUUCGUGGAGAUGACGGGUCCUGUGUACCGACUUAAGAACACGAUGCUGACAGACGAGGAGUCGGCAGACCCUGCCGAACGGCCGCCAACUCCCAUGUUCAACUCGCAUAUAGAGAGCCAACCGGAGAUCGCCAAUCUCCUAAAAGACAUCAUGUCAAGCUAA